AUGCGCCUCUUCUUACUGCCCAUCUCCGCCCGCCGGUCGCUCUUGUACUGCGAGAAGCUGCACGAGAAGGCCGCCAGCGAGCGAACACUCCUAGACAAAGUCACCAUCAAGGCGAACCAGACCUGGGCAGCGUGGGAAAAGGACGAGAAGGCACCGUGGAACUGGAAGAAAAAGAUCACCAUCUACGGCAACCAUGCACUCAAGCGGAUACCCUAUGAGGAGUGGGGACUCAAGACCAUCCCCGCGCUGACGGCGAGGCGGAAGAAAGCUAUCGUCGAAGGGAGGGAGAAGUAUCACGUUGUAUUUCCCGGCCUGUAUCUCCAUCGGGACAAGGUGCCGGAGAUACUGAAGAAGUUGGCCUUGGAGCGCCAGGCCAUGCACCGGAGCAAGAUGAUUUGGAGCAUUGUCGGCAUGCCGUUGAGCGCACCCUUCAUGCUGAUUCCUAUUAUACCCAAUCUUCCCUUCUUCUACCUUGUCUUUAGGGCUUAUUCGCACUGGAAAGCAUUAACUGGUUCCAAACACCUCGAGUUCCUUCUCCGGCACAACCUCCCCACCCUCAACCCCUCGGCCGAACUCGACGAAGUCUACACCGCAGGCCUCAUGUACCCGACCCGUGCCAUCUCUCGUGCCGCGCCCCGGCCCACGCGCCAACAGGCACAAGAAGUGGCGCGGGUAGUCGAACAACAAACUAAUGACGGCACCGAGGACGUCAUGGUACUGCAGCGCUGGAACGGGAAGCUCAUUGCCGAGCAAUUCAAACUCCCAGACAUGGAGGUCGAGAUAGAAAGAGCGGUAGAACAGGUCGAGAAUGCGAUCAAAGGGAAAGAGGAGUUGAUGGAGGAGAAGAUGGAGUUGGAAAGAGCCACGGCAAAACCGGGGCAGACGGCUAAGGAUGCACUGCCGAAGGAAAUCCUUAAGUCGGAAAAGGAAAAAGAGAAAGAGAUUCAUAAGAAAGCCGAGGAUAUCGCAGAGGAAAACAAUAAUCGUGGCCAAAAUGAGGGCGUUGAGAAGAAGUAA